AAAGGCGUUUCCAUCCGGAAGAAAUUACAAUGUAGGACUGUAUUGCCAUGGUGACUAGGAUACGUUAGCAAUAGUGUUUGCUUGUAUGAGAAACUAGAAGAAGAAUUUUACAGUGAAACAACAAAAAGAAAAGAUUUCGUGAGUCACAGCACCAUGAAGCUUUUCAGCAUUAGUGUGCUCUUCAAAGGAGCAACUAGUUCUAAACCAAAUCUACUGAAAGCUGCCUACGACUUGUCAUCUUUCAGUUUCUUUCAAAGAUCAAGCGUUCAAGAGUUCAUGGCAUUUACCUGUUCCUUGAUUGUUGAACGGUCAGCAAGUGGCAGUCGAUCCUCUGUGAAAGAAAAAGAUUAUAUGUGCCAUACGUACAUCCGAGAUGAUGGUCUCAGCGUGGUGGUGGUCGCUGACAGCGAGUACCCACAGAGGGUAGCCUUCUCACUUAUAGAUAAGGUGUUGGAUGAGUUUACCAGGCUGAUUGAUUCCUCUUUUUGGGGCACUCGAUCUCCUGAUACAAUACAUUACACUGGACUGGAUCCUUACCUCGCUAAAUACCAGAAUCCCAGAGAAGCCGAUGCACUCACAAAAGUCCAGGCUGAAGUUGAAGAGACCAAAGUUAUUUUGCACAACACUAUGGAGUCUCUGCUGCAGAGGGGAGAGAAGCUGGAUGACCUUGUGGCCAGAUCAGAGCAACUGGGCGACACAUCCAAGGCCUUCUACAAGACUGCACGCAAGCACAAUUCCUGCUGUAAGAUGAUGUGAAGCCAUUGCCUGUCCAAAUCGACCAUCUUCUCCUGAUCCUUCUCCUCUCCUACUCAUCUUUCUCCCCCCUCUUCCUUUGCUCACUCCUUUGCCUCAAUUGAUGAGCUACCAGCUACCAAUCAGGAAGACUGCUGACUGUUCACUCAGCCAAUCAGUGUGUUAGUAGUAGGACGGGUGGGCAGGGCGAGCGGGCUUGUGUGAGGUGAUAAACUGACUGAGAGGGGAAUGGAAUUCAGGGAAAGUUUUAUAGGACCUUCUCAGUGUUGUAUGUGUCACUAAAAAACAUGUAUGGGUGUAAUGAGAUUUCUUAUUUACCAGCACUGCCGCAGGUGGUCUCAGCAUUGUCUUACAAAAGAAUGUAUUUGUAUGCUGGUUAACUGGAAUACUUGUCAAAAGCACUUCUGUAUUGUAUUGUAUAUUUCAUGAGACCUGCCCAAUACCAUGCUGGAAGCAGUGUUUUUUAUCUAAUCAAAGGCUAUCAGCUUGGCAGUACUAAGCAAACAAAAAAAGCCUUCAUAGGAAUAAUACCCCCAAGAGUGACCUUGCUGUUCACCUUUCUGUGUGUGUGGCGUUUUAGCUAAUCGUGUCCUUGAUGCUGCUCCCUUUCCUACCUAAACAUUUGCCCACAAUGAUGACUUCUGCUGUCUUUUGAUAUUCUCAUGUCAAGGCAAGAGUUUACUAUUACCAGUUUCUUCCAAAUAAGUGGCUUAUUUCAGGUGUGCUGUUUUUUGUGAUACACUGGUAAUGCUGAUCAAGAUUGGAUUGUUUUUGUUUUGAUUUUGUGGUUCAUGUUCAACUUUGAGACAUAUUCCUUUGAUUUGUUAUUCUAGCAAAACCUCCUGUGUUCUCUGCUCUCGGUGUAGUUAUUGGUGGUGUGUAAUGCGUAUGUAUAAUAAUGUGUGUAUUCUUUGACGAUACAUUUUCCCUCAAUGUUCGUCGGACACAAUGCUGUUGCGAAGUGUGUAUGUGUGCGGUUUUUGGUGAUCGUGUUUUUACGGGUUUUUGAGCUCUUGUUCUCCAGUGUUGUAUGGACUCAAUGCUGUUACAUCAUGCAGACAUGAUAUGUGAUAUUGUACUAAUGGUAACAUUUUAGAAUAACUACCCAAAAGAGCUUUAUAAACACUUUAUUAACAUUUAAUAAUAAUUAACAUUUAACAAAGUUUUAACAAAUGUUUUUAAAUGAGUAAGAACCAAACCACGACUGCACGGUGGCGUGGGAAUCAACUUCUACUGUGUCAGUUUUAUGUGGUUUCAUGCCUUCUGGUCUUAGGAGCAACUUCCAGGACCGAUGUGACUGUGCUGUUUCUGCUGUGUUAACAUGGUAUUUCUUGCCCCUUUAUAAACAUUUGGUUGAUAAUUAGUUCAUUAUUUAUAAAGUGUUUGUAAAGAUGUGAAUAGGUAGUUAUUCUUAAGUGUUACUGUACUAAUGAAUGUAGUGUGGUGGCUACGCUUUGAGAGCAAUCUUCAUCAUGUUACCAUAUCAUUUAGUGUCUGUGCCCUACCAGGACACUCCUUAUCUGGAACUCUGCAAUCGAAUGUCCGUAGCAAAUAGUGAAUGAGACGUGUACAUUUUCUGUGCAAGUUUUUUUUUUUUUUUAAAUGAUCAAAUGCACAGUUGAUACGUGUCUGGAGUCUGGACUCGUGUCUGAAAGGUGUCUGGAGUCUCUUUGUAGUGACCAGCCACUCUACUGUGCCUUAAUAAUUUGCACUCUGUUCAAACGGCCCGGGCCGUUGAGAAUAGAAUAGCUGAGCUUGUAAAGCCAUUGCAUCAGAUAUUGCAUCAGCAAUACACCACCUUCCUGACACGAAACUCCUGUAGGAUGGCUUUACUCUCUCUUGGGCAAUAAUGCCAUUGCUCUAAUGAGGCUGUGGUGGUAUCUGGCUAAAUACUGGACUGGGCGCAAUUAUUUUUACGCUUCUCUUUCUUUCUCUCUCUUCUAUAGCACAACUGUUUGUUAGAGCAGAUUUUAUCCCAUUAACUGGUAGCAGAAAAAAACAAUAUGGAUGUCUCAUAUGAAGAGGACCUCCCGUGGAGACUAGUCGAACGAAAUUCGACUGAUAAGAGAACAACCCUUCAUCCUCCCUGCAGCACUACAUUCCAGUGUAAUUGGUGUAUUUGUUUAUUUGUGCUUUUCCAAUAAUGAUUCCUGAUGGUGGUGUUACUGAAGUGUUACUUUGCCUUUAUGCCUUCAAUAAAUGGAAAUCCAUGACCUUCA